AUGUUACUUGCAGUAGAAGGGGGAGGGUUUUUUUCUUCAUCAGCUUCCGGAUACAGUAAAGGCCUAACCCUCCUAUUGUUAGGCCAAAAAAAUGAGGAGAAACCCAUGAGAGUGGCUCCGUGGACUCAGUACCAGUUGGUGGACCAAGAAACCGAUCCCGAUAUCCAGCUGGCGCCUGGCAAGAACUGCCUUGUCAGCGGGUGCUUCGGCCGAGCCUCCUCAAUUACCGGAACUGACGACUCAUGCCCGAAGAAAGUCGGACCGUCCCAGAACCAAGAAGUCCAGCGAGGACCUCAGAAGUUUGAUGAUGAUGAUGGCAAUAGAAAGAUAGGUAUAAGUCGCAAGAGUAGCUUGAAGAAAUCGGUAGACUUUGCUGAUGCUAUUGUUGAUGGGAGAGGCUUUGGAAUCUCAGGUGAAGGAGACAAUGAUGUAUCUUGUCAAAUAGAAAGGAGGAAAGUUCAGUGGACGGAUGCAAGUGGGGGAGAACUUUUCGAGAUUCGGGAGUUUGAGACGAGUGAAGAUGGAUCAGAUGAUGAAUUUGACCUUGAGAACGGGAAGACUUGUGCGUGCAGGAUAAUGCAAAAUCUUGGUCAUCUCCUAGCUCGAUUGUUGGAAGAUGGGAAAACAAAUUUGAGAGGU